AUGUCCCAGCACGUCCUUCUCCUCGGUGGUCACGGCAAGAUUGCCCGGCUCCUUACACCACUCCUCCUCAAGCGCUCGUGGACCGUCACAUCCGUCAUCCGCGCGAAAGAGCAGGUUCCCACCAUCGAAGCGCUCGGCAAGGGCGCGCCUGGAAAAUUGAAUGUGUUGCUGAGCAACAUUGAGGAUGUUGACUCUCAGGACAAGGCAGACAAGAUCCUGAAGGAGGCCAAUCCGACAUAUGUUGUCUUCGCUGCCGGUGCCGGGGGUAAGGGUCCCCCUGAAAGGACCUUUAAGGUUGACCGCGACGCGGCCACGCACUUCAUCAAUGCGGCCGCCGGCAUCCCUUCCAUCACCCGCUUCCUGCUCAUCUCCUACCUCGGCUCCCGCCGCCAGUGCGCUUCCUGGUGGGCCGCGGGCGAUUGGGACAAGUUCAACAAGGAGGUGAACGAAGGCGUUCUGGCCAACUACUACAAGGCCAAGAUUGUGGCGGACGAGGUCCUGUACAAGGCCGGCCAGUCGGGUAAACUGACCACCGUCGGUCUCCGCCCAGGAACUCUGACGGAGGAGAAGGCCGGCAAGGUCACUUUGGGCAAGACGAAGAUUUCCGAAAACGCAAGCCGGGAGAGCGUCGCCAAGGUGGCAGACGAGUUGUUGGCGGCAGAUGGGCUUAAGACCUCCUGGAUUGACUUGACCGACGGCGAUGAGGAGAUUAGCAGUGCUGUUCAGCGUGUCGUGGCUGAGGGCGUCGACACAUCCGAGGGCGAGCCCGUCCGUAGCUCAUAG